AUGACGGCCACCACUGACUUCGCGGACUCCAGCAACGCAACAGCACCCAACGUUCAGCCCCAUGAUAUUAACAAAAAUGUCGAUGUUCAACGCACAAUGUCUCACCCUGACAUUGAAAAUGAAAAAGGCAGUCAGACCACCACAAAAGAGGCCGCAGAGACCGUCAGCGUGUCCGAAAAACGCAGAACCAAACUCGAGACGACCCUAAUCAUGAGCGCGCUCUGCGUUUCCCUAUUCCUUGCUGCUCUCGACACAACCAUUGUAGCUACCGCUGUUCCGACUAUUGUUGACCAUUUCAACUCCAGUGUCGGCUACAUUUGGGUCGGCAGUGCAUAUCUGAUUGGAAACGCCGCUGUUGUGCCAGUCUGGGGGAAGAUCUCCGACGUCUUCGGUCGCAAGCAAACCCUACUGGUCACGGUUAGUGUAUUCUUGCUUGGUUCGCUUCUUUGCGCACUCAGCCAGAGCAUGACUAUGCUCAUUGCUGCCAGGGCUAUUCAAGGCGUUGGUGGUGGAGGUACCAUACUGCUACCCAACAUUUGCGUGUCGGAUCUGUUCCCCCUGCACAAGCGCAGCAUCUAUUUUGGUAUGCUUAGUUCCGUCUGGGCCGUGUCGUCGGCCGUUGGACCUGUUGUAGGGGGCAUAUUCACUACCAGGGUCUCCUGGCGUUGGUGCUUCUACAUCAACCUCCCAUUUGGCGGCCUGGCGCUGACGACUCUGACCUUCUUCCUCAAGCUCCACAACCCUCGCACGCCCAUCAGACAGGGUCUUGCCGCCAUCGAUUGGAUUGGCAAUAUGCUUGUCGUUGGGGGAACACUCAUGAUUCUCAUAGCGCUCCAGUUUGGUGGUGUUCAGUACGCUUGGAAUUCCGCUACGGUCAUCUGCCUCCUCGUCUUUGGCCUUAUUACCGUUGGCCUUUUCUGCCUUUACGAGUCAAGAGUUGCAAAGUACCCAGUCAUUCCUCCGCGGAUCUUCCGCUAUAGAAACAGUAUCUCCGCUUACAGCUUGAGCGUUAUGCACGCCAUGGCUUUCCUAGGUGGAACCUACUGGCUGCCGUUGUAUUUCCAGUCGGUGCUUGGUGCUAAUUCUCUCAUGUCCGGAGUGUAUCUGCUGCCUUAUGUCGUAUCAUCGUCCCUAGCUUCGAUCGGUGCCGGAUUCAUCAUCAAGAAGACUGGCAACUUUCGAUUGCCCAUUGCCAUUGGUCUCUUCGUCAACACCAUCGGUCUAGGGCUCAUGACCUACCUUGGUGAUAGGCCUCACUGGGACAGAAUCAUUAUCUUCCAGAUCAUUGCCGGACUCGGGUCUAGUCCGAACUUCCAGGCGCCUCUCAUUGCCAUCCAAACAAACAUCGAACCUCGUGAUAUUGGCGCCGCAACCUCGAGCUACUCCUUCGCUCGUCAAAUCGGCACCACCAUCUCCGUCACCAUUGGUGGCGUCGUUUUCGACAAUGUCAUGAACUCGCAGAGAGGCCACCUAGCCUCAGUCCUAGGCCCGCAGGUAGCUGGUGAAUUCAGCGGCGAGGAAGCCUCCGCCAGCGUCCAGAAGAUCAAAGACCUUCCGGCAGAUGACGUCCAGACGGUUAGGACGGCCUACUGGAAUGCGAUGCAAAAGAUGUUUAUUCUGUACACUUGCGUCACUUUUACCGGCUUCCUAAUUAGCUUCUGGAUCAAGCAAACUACGCUAUCUAAGGAACAUACAGAGCAUAAGACUGGACUCCAGUCCCUCAAGAUGGAAGACCGCCAAAGGAACAAAAAGCCCGACGAGGAACGCCCUGGCCAUGACCUUAAGUAG